ACUCACAUUUUGUUCUUUUUGCCCUGCGUUUGAAGAAAGAGCAGGUCUGGAGACGUGUGAAGCUGCGGGUCGCGUCUCUGCAGCGUGGAGCAGGAAGCCCGACGAAAGAAACGGCAAGAGAGCAUCUGGUAGCGAAGAUGGCUUCGCCGUCCGCGUGAGAGUUGAGGCGGCGAAGUGACGACCGGAGAAGUCGCCAACAACGAAACGCUGCUCGGGUACCUUGCACCUUGGGGUGCGAGAGUGCUUUGGCGGACUACAGAACUGGACGUAGGUGAAACAGCUGUUGGAAGAUGGCGUACGGCUAUAACGACGACGAGCUGACGGAUAUCUAUGCGGAUCUCUCGCAACCGCUAGAUAUCGAUUGCCUAUUACCAACCGGAGUGCUCGUACCGGUGCGAUGCAUGUGGGACUCGGCGCUAGAGGACAUCAAGGCGAAAGUCUGGUCCGAAGCGAAGAGUUAUCCCAUGUUCAAUCUGCUGAAGGCCGAGGCUUUCUACGUGUUUGUGGGCGUCAACAUGGAUGCGGAGAAAGAGGAAUUGAUAGACGAGCAUCGUCGAUAUUGCGACCUGAAUUUAUUCCACCCCCUACUACAAGUGGUGGAGAAACAGGGUGACCAGGACGAGAAACUGUUCAAUGCAGAAGUGGGCAACUUGAUCGGUAAACGUCUGCAAGACCUGACGGUGAUGGGAGCUGAGGUGCAUGAUUAUCGCUGCACUAUGCUAGCUCAUAGUAAAGCAGUAGUGGACAGACGAGGCCAGGAAGGAUGGCUGCAAACCCUUACUAGGAUCUUCCCUCCCGACGUCCAUCCGAACUCACAAUUACCGGCGUCGAUUAGCGGCCGCCUUCGCAAGGAUGGCAUGGUGGAAGUAGAUAUGUACGUACUAACGGUCAGCAACCCGCCGCAAAAGUGCAGCGCGUGCAUUUCGCUACCGAUCAACUCCACUCCGGACACCCUAAUCGAGCGCACGCUGCAGAAGAGGCUUGCGUCGCUGACGUUACAGCGAGAGAACCCGCGCGACUACGUAGUGAAGGUGUGUGGCUGCGAGGAGUACUUACUACAGUCAGUGCCGCUGUCACAGUAUCGGUAUGUGCGCGCGUGCAUCGUGCGCCAGGAGCGGCCGCAGUUCACCAUCAAGCGCAAGAGCGAAGUCAUGAAGCUUGCGCCGGAGAAUAAUGUAUUUCACAUGCCAGUCGGCCUCGGCGAGACAGCGCGAACCUCGGUGGCACCGACAGGCAACCAGGGCAUGAUGCAACUCUGGGCGGUGGACAACAAGUUCAAGCUCAAGGUGGUGAAGGCAAGCAAUGUAAACGCUGAUAGUGUUCUCGUCCGGGCAGGGAUAUUCCACGGUGGUGAGCCGCUCUCGGAUAUCGUCAGCACUCGACCAGCCUCGUCCAACAGUCAGCUCGAGUCACCCUGGAAUGAGAACCUAGUGUUCGACAUUGACGUUCGAGACCUACCCCGCUCCGCACGUCUCUGCUUUGUCAUUUACGGCUUCCAGCAGGUUGGAGAAGAGAGCGACUCGAUCUCGCAAGAGGGGCCGCUUGCCUGGGUGAACAUAAACAUAUUUGACUACAACGGCAUGUUGCGGACAGGCUCAGAGUCGAUGGCAUGUUGGCCAUGUGAAUCAGCUCUGGAAGAGGUACUGAAUCCGAUUGGUGGCACCGUAGCCAACCCGAAUGUCGGCACAUCCAUCACGCUUCAUCUCGAGCUCGACCGCUACGCAGGCGGGUCCGUGAUGUACCCAUCGUUGCGGCAGAUCGAGCAGUAUGCCAACUCAUUGGGUCGCAGUCAGAGCACGCACCCAGCGCCCGCCGUCCUGGAACAACUGCAUCGCAUUGUGGACACGGACUCGCUUGGCGAACUGGACGAACAGGACCAGAAGGUUGUGUGGCAGCACCGCGACUACCUGUCACAGAUACCCCAGUCACUGCCCAAACUGCUGCGCUCCGUCCAGUGGAACAGCCGUGAUGCAGUGGCGCAGAUGCUUCAGUUACUGGCCAAAUGGAGAAAGCUAAACCCAGAGGAUGCAAUGGAGCUGCUGGAUUACUUGUAUGCCGACACGAGCGUGCGGAAAUUUGCUGUGGAGUGUUUGGAAGCGGCCAUGACUGACGAUCAGCUUUCUAACUACCUUCUACAAUUAGUACAGGUAUUGAAGUACGAGCCAUACCUGGACUGCCCCUUAGGCAAGUUCCUGUUGACGAGGGCUCUCAACAACCAGCUCAUUGGGCACUUCUUCUUUUGGCAUAUGCGGGCGGAAAUGCACAAUGCAGAGGUGUCAGUCCGCUUCGCCAUUCUCCUGGAAGCAUACUGCCGUGGAAGCCGUGCUCACACCAAGGUGUUAACCGUACAACAAGAAGCUCUGGUGAAGCUACGCUCCAUCACCGAACUGCUGCGCAGUCGACCGAUGAAGGACCGGCCGCGUGGCUUAAAGGCAAUGCGCGACACCCUGCAGCAACCUGCGUACAUGGAUGCCCUGUCUAAGAUCCCAUCACCACUCAACCCGAUCUACCAACUGAAUCGCAUCAUACUGGAGAAGUGCAAGUUCAUGGACUCCAAGAUGAAGCCGCUGUGGUUGGUGUUUGAGAAUCAAGACGCCAUGGGCAAGAACAUCUACCAGAUCUACAAGAACGGCGAUGACUUGAGACAGGACAUGCUCACGUUGCAGAUCAUUCGCAUCAUGGACAACAUCUGGAAAGCGGAAGGUCUCGACUUUGAGAUGACGCCGUACGGCUGCCUGUCAUCCGGUGAUCAGGUGGGACUGAUUGAAGUGGUCCUGAACGCGGAGACCAUUGCCAACAUCCAGUGCCAGAUCGCCGGCGGUGCGUCCGGUGCGUUCAAGGCCAACACGCUCUACAUGUGGCUGCAGGAGAAGAACAAGGACCCGGCGCAGCUGCAGAAGGCCAUCCAGACGUUCACAAACUCCUGCGCUGGCUACUGCGUGGCCACGUACGUGCUGGGCAUCGGCGACCGCCACUCGGACAACAUCAUGCUGCGGGAGAAUGGACAGCUGCUGCAUAUCGACUUUGGCCACUUCCUGGGCAACUUCAAGAGCAAGUUCGGCGUCAAGCGCGAGCGUGUGCCGUUCGUGUUGACGGACGAUUUCGUGUACGUCAUCUCGGAAGGCCAGGGAGACAAGAGUCGCCAGUUUGAAGAGUUCAAGGCGAAGUGCGAGAACGCGUUCAUGCUGCUGAGGAAAAAGGGCAACCUUCUACUCAACCUGUUUGUGAUGAUGCUGUCGUGCGGUAUUCCCGAGCUGCAAUCCCUCAACGACAUCAUGUACGUGCGCAACUCUCUAGCGCUGGGUAUGAGUGAUGCCGAGGCGCAGAACUCAUUCCGCUCAAAGUUCACAGAGGCCAUGAAGAACUCAUGGAGCGUCUCCUGGAACUGGUACAUUCACAAUGUGGCGCACAAGAAGUAAGCUCAGCCGAGUGAGUAGUCACGCUGCUGUGAACACUACCUCCACCAUCCGCUUGCCUGUGGGUGAUGUCAAACACCUGCCUCGCUUGGUGACCUUGCGCAGUUGAGCUCUGUUAUCCAGUACCCCGGCUUGGUGCUGCGACUCUAAUACCGAAUACCGGAAGCUGUUAUUUACUGUUGCUGUGUCCGUGACUCAGUGGCGUUCUUGUUUCCGCACUUUCUGUUACUUCGUAUCUAGUUGUUACUUUUGUCAAUCCGUUCACUUACUUUUUCAGUUUUGAUCCUAUUCUUUGAUUUCGCUAUGAGUGAAAAAUCAUUAUCUAUUUUCUUUAUUACAUGCGUGACUGAUGCUGUCGUUGCCCUCAAGAAAUGAAAUGCUAAUUUGGUUCAGUGGAUUUUGAAGUAUUUUCUGCAUAAGCCUGUGCCCCCCCCCCCCACAUGUUUCUCAUCCACAUGUUUCAUAUUUCUGCAUCAUCUUACGGCCUUUUUGUUGUCAAUUUAGAUGGUAUGGAAUAGCAUGGUGGCCGCACAGGUAUGUUGCCUCUCUGCUGUUCUAGGAGAAAAUGCAUGUGUAGGUAGAUGAGUCGCCAACGUCUCACAUGCCACUAUCUCAGUUCUGCCUCAUUUAACAGCAAUCUUGAUUGUUUCUGCUGCAGGAGACAGCAUAGAAGCUCUCUUUUUCCUCUUUGGCCCCUUUGUUCUCCUUUUGGUUUUUUGAGCAGCCUCCUCAGUUACAAAUAAUUGUACAUUUCCCCCAUAGCAAGCAAUUGCAAUGUUGAACUUCCAGGCGCAUACGCUUUGCAGAUGACUUAUUUUUUUAUUUGUGCCACUGGCGGGUAACAUUAUAUUCCACGGUCGUUUA